AUGGAAAAAGGCGUAUUGGGGGAAAUUUUACUGAAAAGUUAUAUUCCCAUAUGGAACAAAAAAUUAUGUGUUUUUUUUAAUAAGAAGAAAAAUAUAACUUACCAAAAUGAUUUAAAAAAAAAAAAUAUUCCUUUAAGAGAAGCUAGUGAUACUUCUUCAAGGUUAACCAAAACAAAUAUUAUGGAAGUAAAAGAAAUAGUAGUUCAUGAUAAAUAUAAAGUACAAGUAUCUUUGUGCAUUGAUAGAUUUCCAUUAAACUUUGUUGAGGAGGAAUUUGAAAAAGACUUUGAAGAUUUUAAAGAUAAAUGGCUUUUAAGAACAAAUAAUAAUUUAGAAGUAAACGAAGAGUUUUUACAUAUGAAGUAUAAUUUAAGUUCAUUUCAUGAUAAAAUAAAUGAAGAUAAUACUGAAGAGAAUAACAUAGAAAAUAAUAAAAAGUAUGAAAAAAAAGAUAUAAAACUGGAAAAGGAACAUAAUAAAGAUGAGGAGAAAAAAGCUGAAAAAGAAGACUUGGAAAAUUUAUUUUCCAUAGAAGGAAUACAAAAUAUUUUGAUAGAAAAAGAAAAGAAAAAAACAAAACAAAAAGAUGUUUCAGAUAACAUAAAUGAAAAAAUUAAAAAGAAAGAAGAUAAUAAUACAAAUGAAUAUUACUAUAGAGAUAUUAAAAGAAAACCAAAUAAUUUUUUAUAUUUAAUAGUUAAAUAUAAAAAGACAAAUAAAUGGAUGUUUCCUGUGAUAGAUUUUAAAAAAAAGUUAACAAUUAGACAAAAUUUGCAAUAUUUAUGUUCAGAACAUUUAAAGUGCGAAAUGCCAUGUUUCAUUGGUUAUUGUCCUUGCACUUUUGACAAAAGGAAAUUUAAAUUUCCUAUUCUCCAUAACGAAAUUAUCGGAAGGAAAAUUUUUUAUUAUAGAGCUCAUUAUAUAAAUAAUGAUAUUAAUUUAGACAUAUCACAAAAUGAGUAUAUAAAUGACUUUGCUUGGAUGUCUCGUUCAGAAUUAAAAAACUUCCUGUCUGUGAACAAAUAUCACGUAAUAAAAGACGCAAUACCGUUAACAUGA